AUGUCGAUGAUGAAGCUUGACUUCACAGUCGUUCCGGGCGAUUCAUACCUUGUUCAAAGAUCUGUCGAAGACGAGGAUAAAAAUAAAGUUGUUUUGAAUCCCACACCUUCUGAUGAUCCGGAUGAUCCUUUGAACUGGGAAUUUAGGAGGAAGUGGCUGGCUGUGGUCUGUGUGCUUGCAUAUACGUUGGGGGUUGUUGUUCCCACAGCGGCAAUAUAUUCCGUGUUGACCAGUAUUGAGCAGAGCACUGAUAUUAGUCUUGAGAAGUUGAACCAUGGAACAGGGUAUAUGUUCCUAUUUCUUGGUCUUGGGGGUUUGGUUUUCCAACCUUUAGCGCUACAAUAUGGAAAGAGGCCUGUAUACCUGUUUUCUAUGCUUUCCACAGCUGCCAUAUGCCUUUGGCCGUCUUUCAUAAAGACGAACGACAUGUGGAUUGUGUCAAAAAUCUUGCAAGGCUUUGUAGGAUCACCAAUUGAAUCACUGCCGGAAAUAACUAUGUCAGAUUUAUUUUUUGAACAUGAAAGAUCGCUAGGGUUAUCUUUGUACGCAUUGAUGCUGCUUGUUGGAUCUUACCUCGCGCCAGCUGUUUCGGGCUUCGUGUCAGACAGUGAGAGUUGGAGGUGGGUAAUGUGGGGAUGCGCUGUACUUGAUGUUUUCUGUUUCAUAUUCCUAUUCUUCUUCAUGGAAGAGACGAAUUACAAUCGUGUAUUGAAGAUUAAUGGCAAAACCAAUAGGCUUAUUAUUCCAGCCAUUCAUCAAAACAACUCUAAUGUAGUAAUACAAUUGUGCACUGCUGGUCGGAGCGAUGGUAGUCUUUCUUCAGAGGAACAGAAAGAACCUAUUGCAGCUACAAAUCUGGAACAACCUAAUGGUUUUGCUGUUUUCAAUCAGGCGUCUGAUGUUGUCGUUGUAUCUUCAGAUUAUGAACCCAAGUAUACUUCCAAAUCAUUUUAUUCCAAGUUGUCUUUAAUCAGUGGAAAGAAGCCGAAGUUUUUAUUACACCAGUACUUCAUAAUGCCAUUUUUGAUGUGUAGGUUUCCUAUCGUUUUGUGGGCUGGCUUUCUGUAUGGGACUUCACUGAUCUCUUUCAAUGUGAUGAAUGCAACAGGAGCUUUAAUAUUAACCGGUGUACCUUAUAAUUUUGAAACCAACAUUUUUGGAUUGGCAUAUAUAUCCCCCACGAUAUUCAGCCUCAUACUAUUCUACAUCUCUGGUUACUUUUCAGACCAAUUAAAAAUACGCAUAGCUGUUUGGAGGGGCGGUAAAUCAUUGGCGGAGGAUCGUUUAUGGGUCCUUAUACCCUAUGUUCUACUUGGGUUUUUCGCUUGUAUCCUCUGGGGUGUAGGUGCGGAGCACAAAAUACAUUGGUCAGGAUUGGUUAUUGCAAUGGGCAUCCUUGGAGGAUGCGGUAUCUUUGGAAUCGUAACAAGUACCACAUAUAUUGUUGAUUGUUACAAAGAACUAGCAACAGAAGCUAUGGUUGUUGUAAUUUUGAUUCGUAACCUUAUGUCUUUCGGUAUUAGUUACGGGAUAACUAGUUGGGUUCAGAAUAUGGGUUAUAAGAAAUGUUUCAUAGCAUUGGCCUUUAUUUCUCUUGUGUGCAAUUCUAGUUUUAUUCUUAUGGCGAAGGUUGGCCCUUGGUGUAGAAAUAAGCAAAAGCAAACUUAUUGGGAAACUGUUCAGCGUUGCCGAAAUCUAGGUAUGCAUUGA